GACGGUCUCUUUUUCCACAGUGUUUAUUCUCCUUUACUCUCCCUCGUACCGAUUUUUCAAUUAUGCCAACUCCCUACUAUCGCUAGGACAAAGAAGACCGCUUCUCCAAAUCCUCACUUGAAGCAGCUUCCUCAGCGUUGUCAACAUGUCCACCUCCCCGGGGUCAGGCGACGAUGAGAACUUCAUGGUCAUCCCCAUUGAUCAAACGUUCAGCGAUGGAGACCAGAACACCUGGCCCACGGGGCCGGGCUUUGGACUACCGGAUGAUCACACUUAUCGGGAGAAGCUGGCUUCGUUAUGGUUGCAGAAGACGGGGGCUGCCGAGGCAGGAAUGAAAUAUGUCCUCGACACACUCCCGGAAGGAUAUGCUCUCAUUGAUCGCCCGCGCGGAACCAAUCCCGAUAUCCGUGAUCGGUUUCUCUACGGCCACCCGUAUGGCUCGUACUUCUAUUCCACUAUUCAGUUCUUUCCGCAUUUCUAUUAUCUCAUGACGGGCGGGGCUGGUCCCUGCGAAUGUCUGCUGUGUGAGAAGAUGGCGAAGCGUGAUCAAAGUGAACCAAUGGGGAGGCCGAUGGGUACGCCGACUCCAAAAUCGACCGAGAGUCCAAAACCGGUCGGAAGACCCCCUGGGAGGCCUGCUGGUAGUCGGAAGUCCGUUGGUAGGCCUCCUGGUAGACCGGUAGGUAGACCACCCGGCAGACCACCGGGGCGACCUGUGCACUCCGGAGAGCCCGGCAUUGUCGACAAGGAAGGGACGCCAGACGUGUUCAAGAUGGCUGUUGCAGAGCUCAGAAAGCGUGGGAGCUUAAGCACAGCGAUUAAGGAAACCGCCAGUAUGGACUGGAGAGCAGAGCGGCCCCGACUGGAUGAGUACCUUGAAAAACUGGACAUGCAGCCUGCCUACCUUCCUCGUGUCGGAGAGCUUGUUCUCUGGACUACUGGGUUUGAGGGCGAGCUGGCGUGGAACCCGGCAACCAAGAGCAUCCAGAUCUACUCUCCUACCGAUGGUCGGUACAACGGAACGCCCGAAUGGCGGGCUGGCGUCGUCGGCCAGGUCCCCGAGGAAGAAGUCAUGCUUCAAGACCUGGUAGAGACGGCCCCUAAAUCCUCAGGCAUCAAUUACUCCGGGUUUCGCGUGGAGACUUUCCCUGACCCCCUCAGCAUGGACAAGAGCUAUUCCCUCCACUACCGAUACGUCCCUCUCAAAUGCAUCAAACCGUUCAACGCCUACGAGGUCUUCUUACAAGGCAUCCCCCGACCCCAGCUACACCCAUCGAUCGAAUACGCCCUGACCAUCAUGUCCUCCUUCAGCCUUCUCGACAAAUACCACUUCCAAGGAACCUGGCCCAACGCCUCCAUCUCCUGCCGAGGGAUCUUCAUCGGCGCAGAGCUCCUAGCCAUCGGCGACGCCGUGCGCCUGCGCACCCCACCAGUAGACAUAAUGGUCAUCGACAAAAUCACCCUCCACCUAACCAACUGCAUCGAAGACCCCACCUCCCCCCAACUCGCAGAGCAAUACAAAGUGCGCAUCUCAGGCAAAGUCUACGCCAAACACGCCCCCAAAUCCCGCCACGACAUCCACCCCCAGCCUUUAAACCCAGACCAAGUCGCCGACGUCUUCCAAACCCUCGGCAUGACCGACCACGGCAGCUGGUACCGCGUACACGAAGGCAAAACCAUAACCGUCUCCCAGGACAUGAUCAUCGGACGAUGCUACGAGCCCGACGCCCUGCAGCUACUUUUCGGCACGCUGGACUGCACGCUCGACGCCGCCGGCGUUUCCAAGGCGCGCGCAUACUCCCAACGGGCAGACCACCGCAUUGCAGAGGGUAAGACGUGGUUCUGGGGCGACUUCCGCACGCAGACGCUCGCGAUAGACUCGCUGAACGGCGAGGAUGUGGGCCAUUACAGCGAGACGCGCGACGUUAAGAUGUGGCGGGCGAACCUGAAGAUCAUCGACGGCGAUGCGAACCCCGUUGAUAUGCGCAUGGCGAAGAUCCCGGGUGAUCCUGGACGGCCGUCGAAGCCGAAGUCGAGCUUUGCGGAGGUGGGGAAGUUGAGUAAGUUGGUUAGUACGGGGUUGGGAGGGACGGAUGUGAGUAAUACUGUUAGUGAGGCGGAGGAGGGGUCUGGGCAGGGCAUGUAUGGGGAGGAUGAGAGGGAGAGUGAGGGGGAUGAGGAGAUGAAUGAGCAGGAUGAGGAGGAGUUUGUGGCGCGUUUGGAUCAGCUUCGGGGUGGGACUGAGGAGAGUGAAGGGGGGGAUUGGGUGCCGGAGUCGAAGCGGCCAAAGCAUGUUUAA